GAUCGAUUCAAAUACUCGUACACAGUUUUUGAUGAUAUUGGUUGGGGACUUGGGCGCCGGGGUCUUGUUAGCAGGAUGCAACGCAGGCUCCCAAACGAGCAGACGAGAGAGUGGCUCCAACAGCAGAGCUGCGGAGAGGGCGACUACUGAAGCAGGGCCAAGACACAAUCACGCGCGCAAAAGGGCAGCCAUGAUUCGUCGAUUCCUGAGAAUCCCGACGCAGUACGCGCGCAGACGAGAUGCAUUAUCUUUUCGAGUCCGCCGGAAUUGCUCGUCGUACGGAGGAGGAAGAGAGGACACCUCAAUGGAAGAGGAUGCUGAGAGGAAGAUUGGAUGGCUACUGAAAUCUAUUUUCGUUGGAACUGCUGUAUAUUUUGGCUAUCAGUUUUUCCCAUACAUGGGUGAUAAUUUGGUGCAGCAGUCUAUUUCUCUACUAUGUGUCAAGGAUCCUUUGUUCAAAAGAAUGGGAGCAUCAAGAAUUUCCCGUUUUGCAACUGACGAUGAAAGGAGGACAAAAAUUAUAGAAAUGGGCGGAAUUGAGAGGCUUGUGACUAUGCUAGAGGGAGCUACUGAUGACCGCACACGCAAGGCAGCACUUAAAGCACUUGAUGCCCUUUCACACACUGAUGCAGCUGUCAAAGCCUUGCACGAAGCUGGUGCUGUAGCAAUCAUCAAGUCGACACCAAAUUCAUCUGAUGGCGAAGUAACAAAAUACAAAUCUAACCUGUUCAAAAGAUUUCAAGAUCUAAAGUACGAAACACCUCUGACGGACAUGGAAUAGGUGAAAAGACCUGCAUUCGCUGCCUAUUUUUCUAGAUUUUUUUAAAAUUCUGUCAGCAGCAGUUGUUAUACAUGACACAAUCCCCAGAAAUAAAUUAUCCCUGAGUGCAGGCUUGGACAAUCAUAUGACAUGGGAGUGUAUCUCAAUCCAGCAAUCUGAAUCUAGCACUCGUGUCUGACAAGAUUGUUAUAGAAUGAAACAUGAAAAUUUCUGUGGAAUUUUAUUUAGUACUAAGGGGGUUGUUCAACUCCUUCAGAGAGCAAAAUGUAGUAACUGACGAGGCUGCUUAUUGAAUUGUUUUCUUGCUUA